AGCCUUCAAAAUUCUGUCCAAGGGCAGGCAGGAGGAGCGGCCCGCGCUGAGCCGGCUGGUGGGCAGCAGGCGGCGCCUCAUCGCCGCGGGGGCGCUGGGGGUCGUCAUGGUGCUGCUGCUGGUGGUCCUCAUCCCGGUGCUGGUGAGCUCGGCCGGCACGUCGGCGCACUACGAGAUGCUCGGCACCUGCCGCAUGGUCUGCGACCCCUACGGCGGCACCAAGGCGCCCAGCACGGCCGCCACGCCGGACCGCAGCCUCAUGCAGUCGCUGCCCACCUUCAUCCAGGGCCCCAAGGGCGAGGCGGGCCGGCCCGGGAAGGCGGGCCCGCGCGGGCCCCCUGGAGAGCCGGGGCCGCCCGGCCCCGCGGGGCCCCCGGGUGAGAGGGGCGAGCCGGGCCGUCAGGGCCUGCCGGGCCCGCCGGGGGCGCCGGGCCUGAGCGCGGCCGGAGCCGUCAGCGCCGCCACCUACAGCACGGUGCCCAAGAUCGCCUUCUACGCCGGCCUCAAGCGGCAGCACGAGGGCUACGAGGUGCUCAAGUUCGACGACGUGGUCACCAACCUGGGCAACCACUACGACCCCACCACGGGCAAGUUCACCUGCUCCAUCCCAGGCAUCUACUUCUUCACCUACCACGUCCUGAUGCGCGGCGGGGACGGCACCAGCAUGUGGGCGGACCUCUGCAAAAACAACCAGGUGCGCGCGAGCGCCAUCGCGCAGGACGCCGACCAGAACUACGACUACGCCAGCAACAGCGUGGUGCUGCACCUGGAGCCGGGGGACGAGGUCUACAUCAAGCUGGACGGCGGCAAGGCCCACGGCGGCAACAACAACAAGUACAGCACCUUCUCCGGCUUCAUCGUCUACGCAGACUGACCGCGGGACCCGGGCGCACGGCCCGCUGCGCGCCCCGGGCCGACGUGUGGCGCACCAGAGCGAGGUGAGCAGGUGCCCGACCCGCCGCCCCCAAAGCAAGUGCUCCUUGUCCUCAGCGUCCGUGCGAACGAGUCCGACGCGGCGCCCACUUCACAGGCAAGCCCGAGACCCCGAACUCGCCUCCCCGUACGCGACGCUUUGGUGUGCUGUGAUCGCGCUGCUUUCCCCGUGUCUGCUUCGGUUCUUGUGACUUUACCUGCCCGUCCAGCUGCGCGGACCCGUUCAUGGCGGGGGAGGAGCUGCUUGUCCCCAAAGAGACUGUUGGCCUUGUUCUCUCCUGACGUUCGCGAGACCUGGGAAUGAGUCAACUCCAAGCCUUAACCUGGAAUUCCCAAGCCUAUGAGCAUUUUCACAUCUUCUUCUCCUUAUGAAUUUUCUUUUCUCUCUUUCUUUCUUUUCUGGUGAUGGUCUCUAAACAUUGAGAUUGAGAUUGUAUCAUAGCAGUACCUUCUAAGUGUGAAAAUGUGUAAUUAUGUCUGGUAUUCAGAAAAUCCCGUGUGUCCAUUUUGUCAAUAGAGAACACUUAGAUUUACUUGGAAAGUCAGAAAAAUGUCUUCUUUGGUAUUAAGGCAGAGUGAGGCUUUUUUGCCUUCUUUGGGACAAAAGAUUAUUCAUCAUCCAAUGCACAGAGGUUUAAUUCGAGCUGCUACAGCACCACCCAGGGGCACUAGGAAAGGCCUCAAACAGUUACGGCCAGUCUGCAGCUGGAGGUUGUUUCAAAAUUAACAGUUUCACACAUAGCCAACAUGACAACAAAGUGUAUAUAUUUUAUACAAAUACCUGCUACAUAUAUUUAUGGUAGAUGAAAUAUAAUAUAUGACUUUAGUCCAUAAGGCAAAGUGGCUCUGUAGCCUCAAAAUUUAAUUUAAAAAGAAAUAUAUAUAUAUAUAUAGACUUAUUUUGGAUGACAAAAAUACAUGGAGGAGCAAAAUAAUUAAAAUGACUUCUCUUUAGUUAUCCAGAAAAUUAAAUUUCAUUUGGUUACUUCACAUUUCUGUGAGUUAUGCCUUUGGUUUCCUUAUUAUCGUAUGCCAAUCAAUACUGUAACCGCCGUCUGUGACAGGCUGUUAAUACCAGACUGCAGAAACAAAGUGGCUUUCCUCCAUGAUGUUUAUGAAUUAUAUGCAUUGGAGUUAUCAGUUUUUUCUUUUUCUUCUGAAGUGGAUUGAAGGUGACAGGAAAGUAGAUUUGAAAGUAGCGCAAAUCCUUUCUCUCUGGCUAAAACACACUGCCCAAAGCUGUCUCUUUAAUCUGAGGAAAAGACUUAAAAUGCGUGUUGACAUAUCCUAACUAUCAGACAACCUCCACUACCACAAUGAAAACUCUAGUUCUCUUUCUGCUGCCGCUGAAGGCUCUCUGACAAGUAGAUUUCAGAAACAGAUUUCAAAAUCUGCUCGUGGGACUGGCGGAGGACAUUUGCAUUUUUACAUUGAAAACAAUUAGCUUGUUUUCCUGGCUGGCUCCUCUUUGGUACUUUCUGUUCUACACAUUACAGAGCGCUUGAUCUUUGAUCAGCAAAAAUAUUUUGUUUAGCAAACCUCAGCUCUCCAAAAGAGCUAUGCACAGUGACCCCACCUGAAGGUGCUGUUUGCUCUGUUUAAACGCCUGCGUCAUAAUUUUUGUGAUUGGAAACACUUAGCCCGCUCAUCAAGAAUAAUGACUUAUUCUAUUUGCCUUUCUAAUGUUUUACAAUGCAUUUUAUUUCUAUUUAACAAUAUAUACUUAUCAAAUAGGAAUUGGCAGCAAAGCUUUGGGGAAAUUUUUUUGUACCAAAUAGCAACAUGAGGAUUCAAGCAGAAGAUUAAUUGACUCACAGCAAUGCCCAGCAGCUAAGAGUUUUAACUAAGAGUUAAUUAAAAGGUCUUUAUUUAUGCAAAAAACCAGGCCUGGGCACCUUUUAAAGAGUAUAUAUCCGGAACCAUACCGUCAUCUCCAAUAGAUAUGAUCUUUUCUCCAGAUAAAUAAGCAUUAUUUUCUGUUAGGUCCAAGUGAAAACAGAAAUAAAAGGUAAAGGAAAUAAAGGGACUAUAUAUAAGGCAAACAUUUCUUUUUUGCAUUAUAUCUUAUCAAUUAAUUAAAUUGUGGCCUUUGUUAUUAUAAAUGUAAUGAUUCAUUAAACUAUAUAUU